GUAGUAGAGGGUAGUAGUGGUGGUCGCUCCAGGUAGUUAUCGGUGCUUUUGCGCGGAACGAUCACUACAACAGCUCUGGCGGCAGCAGCAGUACAGGGUUGCGAGGGGUUGAUGUUGCUGCUGCUGGUGGUGCUGCUGCUGAUGGUGGUAACUCGCUGAUGGCGGGGGUGAACAUUCGAGGAGACUUGGUUGAGGAACGGAGCUCAGUGAGACCCGCGUCGCGAUAGCGUACACUACCGCGCACAUUCCGACCAUAGCAAACUAGGUCAAGCUCACUGCCGCUUCUGCACGGCUCGCUCUCGCAGUCGCAUCACAGCCAGCCGUGCAGGAGCGCCCUUACGCUCCUUCCUUCUUUUAACUCAAAUGACAAGAAUUUAAAUGCACAAUAAUUAACCAGUAUUAAAACUUAGAGAUCUUUGAAAUAAUUACAUCUUAUAACUCCGUCACAGACAAUCGAAAAUAUGUAUUGGUUUUUGCGUAUUACUAUUUUAACAACUGCCACAGUAUUUUGCUGCCGACAAAGUGAAUUCCAAUGCGGGAACGGAAGAUGUAUUACGCUCAAUAAAGUAUGCAAUGCCUUGGACGACUGCGGCGACGGAAGCGAUGAGCAACGAGCAUGCUCCCCUUGCAAUAAAACUUAUUACGGUGAUGUGGGGAAAACUUACUACCUCGAACUCCAUCGACCCAAAGAGGACAAAGUACCUUACUUCUGCAAGCUCACAUUCAAUGCUGUCGGUGGUAACUUUGGGGACAUUGUUCAGCUGACUUUUGACAGUUUUACUCUUGGAAAAUUCGUCUCUUUUACUGCGGAAGGAUGUCCUGACGGAUCACUGCAGAUAUCAGAAGCUCAGCGUCCCGACGUUGGCGGGUUGUGGUGUGGCACAUCCUGGGGACCUGCAAUUUACUACAGUGAAACGCCGAUCGUCACCAUUUCCCUCCGACUUUUUAGAUUAAGCCAAGAUCAAACGGGAUUUAACUUUGACUUUCGUAUGGCUUAUAAGAUGAUCCGUAAAUCAGACGCAGUAGUUCGAUAUGGAAAUCCUUUUGUCGGAAUGACUCAAGUAACUCAACCGACAACAGCAGUGGAGCUGGAGCAACUCUCGACGGAAUAUUCAAAUACAACAAUGUUGAUGUCGACAUCGCCGCUAGUAGAAAUGGUUGAACCCGAGCAGCAAUCUAGAGAUAGUAAACCAGUACCCGAACAACAAUACCUCGGGGAUCUAAUUUCGGGUACAUACUGCUCGCGGAUAUUUAGCGAUUGCGAUAAAAAAAAGUGUCGAUUGCAGUCACCAAAUUUUCCUGGUCUUUAUCCACGUAAUCUCACAUGCUAUUACGCUGUACGACAACAUGAAAUUCCACCGGGAAAACAUGCCCUUAUAACUGUUCGACAACCACGAGGACAACUAAUUGCUGUUCGAGCCCGGCCGGCCAGCCAAGCUGAGCCACCACCUCGAGAACUUCGUCUCUGGCAAGACUGCGAUGUUGUACAAGACUACGUGACUAUUUACGACGGCUACACUACUCGUGAUCCGGUAAUCCUUAAAUUCUGCGGUGGAGGUGAACCCGUCCCUGAGGCUACCAGUAGCGGCGCUGAAAUUCUUGUCGAGUUUACCACUUCACCAUACGGCACCUUUCUUCAUCCCACUCCACCACACUCGUUACAUGGAUUUCAACUUGAAGUUCAAGUUAAGUUUGUUGAUGCUGACUCUCCAACUUAUGCAAAAAAUAAACGAUGUGAGUUUUGGCUAAAAGGUAAUACUGGCGGAGUACUAACCUCACCAAGUCAUACUUUACCGAGAAACACAACUUGUCUGUAUCAUUUGCGCGGAGCUGGACCAGUUGUACCAAGUCCUACACCACCGAGACCACUUCCGAAAUUUCCCGAGACUCGGCCUGGAACUGUAUGGAGAAAGCCUCCACCCAAACCACCACAACCCCAGUUCAGAGUUUGGCUUUCGAUACUAAAGUUUCACAUUGGAACAAACCCCACAGUUGUUCCUUCACAGAACGCUGCCUCUGACGACGAUUGCAAUACCACUCUCUUCGUUUGGGAUGGAGAAAUGAUGCCUUUAUCCGAUUGCAAUGAUAUAUCUUGUGAAAAAGAGAGAUUGAGAUAUAUGGAGAGAACAGGGGACUCUAUAACGACAGUAGGUGCACGACCAGCCAGCAAUACAUCUCUAUUAGCAAGAUACUGUAAAGAUCGAGUCCCUAAAACUUGUGACCACGCUAUUUUACAAAAUACCAGUCGACCCUGCUCACUUGUCGAGGGUUUUAUUUCCUCUGGUAAUAGCCUCACCAUCGAGAUACGUAUGAUUGAGUCUACAGCUCUCAGGCCCGUAAAUUUUCGUGCACUUUAUGAGUUUGUGGAUCUUCAUCAUGAUGGUGAACCGUACGGCAGUGGACCGUGUUCACGGGUCUUUUACAGCAGAAAUCGAGAUCAGUACCCGGAUCGGAAAUUCCAAGCUCCGCGAAAUAUUUUUCUUUAUGGCCGAGGGGGUACUAAAAAUUUAAGCUGUGUGUAUCGAUUCGAGGGUGAACAGGAUGAAGUUGUCAAACUACGAUUCAAUAAGCUUCUCAAUGGGAAUCGAACAUGUCGCAGUGUGUCCAGUAUUGACUAUAAUCGUUUUCUCUGUAUUGGCUCCAGCAAUUUCUCACUCAAGGUGAUGGAACUGCCUUGGUUGAAUGCGGCGCCAAUUCAGCGAGACUGUCUCUGCUCUAAUCGAUCACUACCUAUAAACAUAAAAUCACUGUCCCACGUUGUUGAGGUGCAUUUUACGAUCCACUCAAUGAAUGCUCUGGAUGAUUACAACAAUAUUUUCUUUGAGGGUGUUUGGGAUUUCAUAAAAGCCGUCCCGUGUCUUCAGAAGCGAAGAGUUCGUGGACCAUCAGGGGAAAUUAAAUACGAAUUACCCCUUACAAAUGAAGACCAGAAAAAUUGCAAACACCAUCCGUGGUUGAUUGACCCAGGACCGGGACAAUAUCUGUACAUAGAAACACAUGGAAUAGUGAUGAAUAGUAACAAUAGCAGUGGUAAAUGCUUAACCAGCAACCGUAUUAUCGUACACACAGGCGGAAAUGUAAAUGUUUCGGUCUGUCCUAAGCCUGAAUCAGACUCAAGACAUAAUGUUGUCCAAGUGUUUAGCAAAGGUUGGUCUGUUGAGCAUAAAACAAUGAUGCUAGCACCUCGUUUUGAUCCAACCAGAACAAUUGCCGUUGAAUUUAUUAUGAAUGAAGCUGAUUCUUACUCUGUUACGUGGCUUGAACUAACCAAAAGAUGGCCAUCAUCAAUAAUGGCAAUAGCUGAACUGGGAGAAAGUCUACCGCGUGAUUGUGAGCAACGUUGUCCAGAAUUGAAUGCCUGUAUAAAUACAUCAUUGUGGUGUGACGGUACUUCUCACUGUCCGUCUGGUUACGAUGAAGCACUUACUCACUGUUCAAUGCUGUUGCGACUUCCUCCUUUACAUUUGGCUAUUGGUGCUUCAAUACUUGUUACAAUAAUUGGCUCUGUGUGCUUUAUCUUUUGGCGGUGUAUUCGCCGAAAAGCGAACCGGUCAAUUUCACAACAUCGGCUUAAAAGUAUAUCAUCAGAGACAGCUAUUAUUGGAGAUGGAAAGGAAGUUAUCUGCUGACAAAGCGACAGUUCUGUACGUUACGUCGAAGUUGACCGGGUUACCACUGUGUGACGAUCGUUACGAUCAUCCUCACGAUCCUCACCAUUGACGCCAUUGGUCUCUCUAUGGCUCGUUCAUUGCUCCUAUUACUCCUUUGUGGGUCUGCCAAGGUGGUACGGACAUGAUGCCUUGUUAACACAUAAUUUAAUGUUGUUAUGGCUAUUCAAUGCCGUUCAAGUUAUUAUUAUCCUCUAUCCCUCGAUUAUAAAAAGUCCCACUCGCAAUAAAAAUAAUAACUAUAGAACGAGCUAUAGUAACAAUACUUUAAACUCGCUGUUACGUGCAGAGCUGGAUAAUAAUCAUUAUUAUUAUUAUUAUUACUAUUAUAACUAAUUAAUUUUAUUAUCAUAUAAUUAAUUAUUAUAUUACCGUGUACGUGGGAGUAUGCAUGCGUUCGACCGUAUUCAAUCUUUAGUUAUCCCGUUUUAGUAUUAAAAUUAUUAUUAUUAUUAUUAUUAUUGUUAUUAUGAAUAAUAUUUAUUAUAUUAUAAAAAAAAAGGUGGUCGCAUAUAAUCCACAGAAUUUUUUAAACUACUCUGUUAAUUCCACUGGGGUUAAAAAAAUGUAUAUCUGUUGGAGUCAACACUUCUUGAUGUGAUUGUUUUAUUAUUUUUUUUUUUAUUCUACUUCCCCGGGAAUUCUCUCGAUAACAAUGACCACACGCUGCCAAUAUUUUAUUGAUCAUUUCAACAAGAAUGUAAUUAUUGUACAAUAUUUUCACAUAACUUGAAAUAUAUAUAUAUAUAUAUGUACCUAUGAAAUUAUUUAAACCCGAAUUAAAAAAAAAAUCCGUUUGCGACCAUUUAAAAUAAUAAUAAUAAUGAAAUAAUUACGUGUGAUUUUUAAUCACAUUUUUUAACGAGGACAAUAACUUUAUAAAGAAUAAAAUAUGUCUUGAAUCGAGAGAUUUGCGUGGAAAAGUAUAAGUAUAUAAAUAUGUAUAAGAGUGUAUCGAGUUGAAAGUGUUUAAAGAUAUGAUGCAUAUAAGCGGGUUGAUAAUGAUAAUAAUAAAAUUACUCAAAGAAAAUGUAGAAAUUGAAAAAAUUAAAAACUAAAAAAUAUAUUAUAAUCAUACACGUUCGAUUGAAAAUAUUUGUAUGAGUAUAAUUAAAAUUUUUGUAUGAAUGUGCGCGUAUACUGUCUGAAUAUGUACAUAGAUAAUAUAUAGUAGUAAAUAACAAUUGAAAUAACUACUUUGUGAAACACGAUAUAAAUUUAGAAUACUUAUUUGGCAUAUUAUAUUAAUUAAAUGUAUACCGACCAAAUUCAAUAUAUAUAGAUAUAAGAAUGUUGCAUUACUUAACAAACAGAAAAAUAAAAUUUUAGGCAUUGAAAGCAUGCAAAAAAGUAUUGAGGUAGAAAAGAUUUAAUAAGGAAAUGAGUGUUAACUUUUUGAGUUAGAAAUAAUAAUAAUAAUAACAAUAAUAUACAUAUGUCAUGUGAAAUAUGCAUAUAUAUAUAUAUAUAUGUUAUUUAGUUCGGAGCUGUGCUUCGAAUUGUUACGCCGAGAUUGACGUCAGCGUCGCGACGAGGGCACGCGGACAAUCCAAUCGAUUUUUACGGCACAAGUGUGGAAACCAACCACAUAUAUUGUAAUAGACAAAUAUUGUAAUAUCAAAUUUUUAUUCCUCCGUAUGUACACACACACACAAACACGAAUUAAAUCUCCAUCACUCUUUAUUCCACGUCUGAUUUACGAAACUCCAUUUUUUUUUUUUUAUUUAUAAGAUGAUAUUGUAAAUAGAUAUUAAAACUGUGUACUUUCGCGCAUAGUAAAAAUUCAUACUGCAAUAUGCAAAAAAAAAAAUGACUGAGUUACAAUGAUCAUUAUUAAAAUAAUAAUUAUUAUUACUAUUGACUAUUCAGAAUAACGAGAAAGUAAUUAUAAAAAGGGAAUAGUAGUGUUGCGCACAUACACCACGACAAUAGUUAAUAAAUCAAUGAUAAAUUCGGUCAUUUAAAAGAAAGCCAAUAAUAAUAAAUAUUAAAAAAUAAUAAUUUAAAAUAAAUACACAUACACAUCCAGCUAGCCGCGGAAGCACAGCCAUUAUUUUCUUCGUCAGUGCGUGUAUAUAAUAAUUAUAAGCAUUUGCUUGUACACUUAAACUAAAUUUGCAUGUCAAUACUCAACUACCGCCCAAAUAAUUAUUUGACAUCUGGAAUCCUAUUGAGUAAUUAUUUUUUUUAAAACUUCUUUAUAUUUUCCAAUUGGCAUUCGUUAUUUUGUUCAUUAUUGACUAUAAUUUUGGGACCAAUUCGAAAUAUCAAUGAGUAAAUGUUUAAAAUAUUAAUUCUACUAAUUCUCUUUCUCUCACUUAAAAUUUAUAACUUUAUAGCCGCUUUUCAUAUUUUUAUUCUUUUAAUUAUUAAAAUCAAAUAAAAAAUUUUUGGGUGGUAAUGAAACCAAAAGCACUACGAAAAGAGACCAUCACACUGUUUAUCUGUGCAUUUCUAUUGUUAAAUUUUACAGUCGUAUCUAAUUAUUACUAUUUGCUACCUGCGAGUUAAUUUUUGUUGUCGAUACAACACUCAUACAUACAAAUUUAAUUAUAGAUAUAAUUCCAUAGAAACGUAUAGAUAUAAUAGUUAAGAAACAAAAAAAAUUUUUAAAUAUUUCACAGUAUGUUGUUGUUAAACGGACGAAAUAUACAUGAAAAAAUUAAAUAAUAAUGAAUACUUGAUUCGGUAUUCGAUAAUACUCUGUAAAUAUCAAUAUCUCUAUCAAUUUUAAAUGACGAAAAAAAAAAAAGAUUCAAAUCAGCGAAAUUCUACUAUGUAGAUGAUAAAGACGUUUCAUUAUUAUUAUUAUUAUUAUUAUUAUUAUUGUUACAAAAUUCGAUUGUAGAAAUUGCAUAUCUCAAAAUUGUUAAAAAAAUUUUUUUUAAAUAUAUAUAUAGAAAAAAAACAAUUUUUUAAAAUCACGUCGAAGCGAAAAUAAAGCAAUUUCUUUAUACAUUUAAUUAUAGUUAAAAUUAUUUAUAAAAUUUGUAUUGUGUUAUAUUAUGAUAUUGCAAGAUUGAGUUUUACUGUCGAAAAGUUGAACUUAAAAUUUAUUAAAAAUAAUACUUACUAAGUAAUUUAUAUUGCACGAAUGUGCGAGUGGUCUCGACCAUUUUUCAAGACUGCCGAAAUACGUCAUGUGUAUUUUAACAAUUAUAUGAUGUAUAUAUGUAUUUAUGUUUUUGUUAUUAUUUAAAAUUUGUUUUUACUAUUUAAAUAUUGAUAAUAAAAUGAACUGUCAUAUUGGAAUAUUUUAAGUGCCAUAUUUUAAAAUUUUAACAUUCUGUAAAAUUAUCCGUUCGUCAGCAUCAUCGUAAUUAUAACAACUGUUUAUCUUUGCAAAGUGCGGUUGGAUAAAAUAGUUAAAAUAUAGCUACUUAAACCUAAUAAAUCUCCAUCAAUAACUUUAAUAGAGAGAAUAAAUUUUCGGAUUAAAUGCAAAAAUCAACUCUUUUCGAGCCAUAAGUCGACAAUAACUUGUAGAGAAAAAAAUAUAUAUAUUUCAACUAAACACGCACAUUAAUUACAAUUUGAAUAAAAACAAAUCUAAAGCCAGGAUAUUUGCAAAGAUAGAUAAUCAAAAUAAAAAUAUUUAAAUGUACCUCAACUUAUAUAUAAGAUGAACAGUAAUUACUAAUUGAAAAAUUUUAAUUAUAAUUCAGCAUUAGAAUUUG